CAAGAUAGUGAGAAAUUAACGUUUAACUUUCACUUAAUACAAUAAAAACCGAUGGAUCAACAUCUACGCAGAAACAUAGCUCAAAGUCGUGCUCAUUUCGAUUUAUGGUGUAAUAAACUUGGAAAAGUUUUAGAUGGCUAUACGUCGGAAAGUUCGCUACGCAUAGAGGAGCUGAACAAAAAAUUAAGGGACGUUUCUAAUAAAAUUGCUGAACAGGAACUACAAAACAAAAAAAGUGCACAAAUUUGUGAAGAAAGAAGAAUUAGAAAAUUAAAAUUUGAAGAGGAGAUAAACGCGUUAAUCGAGCGUAAAAACUUAUACGUAUCAAAGAAGAACAGCUUGCAAGAGAGUUGCGAAGAUUUAAAAGGAAAAAUUUUAAUUAAAAAAAAAGUCUUGAACGAAGAAUUUAUAAAAUCUGAAGAAGACGAGAGCGAUCAGGUGGAAUUAUUCGAAAAUUUUUUGGGCUUACGAUUUGUACCUGAAAUCAAAGAUUUUUCUGGAGUGAAAUUUAUUUUUACUAAAAUUGACCCUCAAGAUUCCAAGAAGGAAUAUAUCCUCGUUUUGGAAGUUCUUGACGACCGUUAUCAAGUGAGAGAAUGCGUUCCCAACUUCCCUGCAAUCUCCAAUUGGGUAAAGGAACUUAACGAAACCCUUGAUUUCGAAAAAUUUAUAAAGCAAGUCCGACACGAAUUUACUACAAUAACCAACGCUUAAUAAAUAUUUUUCU